ACUUUCACGCGACGUUUACUGGUUCGCUUUGUUCCGUACACGGCAGCAACAUCAUACACACCCAUCUUGUAAGAUAGUUUAGAAGGUUUUAAAAUAUGUUUAUCGUUUAUUUGUAUGCUAUUUAUUAGUAAACUAUGGCCAAGUCAAAAGAUUUAAAAGUAUUCUUGGAGUCGUCUCUGAAUGCGAUUUUUAAAGCCACAGUGAGUGACAUAUUGGAGUCAGUGGACCAGACAUUGUCUGAGUACAAGGGUAAAUUACAAAGAAUUGAAACUGAGAAUGAAGAUCUUAGACAAAGGUUGCACGAUCAAGACAACAAGGAUUCGAUAGUUAAGGACCCUGGAAGUAACCAGGAUGCUGUUCACCUCCCUGACUUGUCAAGGAAGACCUGUUCCAGCCAUUCAGUUGUCGGCCAAUCCCAGAAGCCAAUCAAAACACAGGGUGAUGAGCGAAGGAGCUCCAGGAGACAGCAGAAGGACAAAAUGCCUCAGAGCAGAGGGUCUGUCUCUUUUAUAGAUGCAGCAACUCAGCAGGAACCAGAAUGCCUCCAAAACGUUUCUGCCUUAAUGUUCAAAAACAUAAAGACAGAACCUGAUAUGGAGGAUGACUACGCCAUAGACCUCUCAAAGCCCCCAUCUCCUCUCAACCUGGCUUCUAAGCAAAUUAAGACAGAGAGUGCUGAGGUCAAUUACAUCAUUCCUGAAGAGUAUGAUGAACACCUUCAGUCACCACUGGACACAGAUGUGGACUCUAGAGACAGCGACAGUGACGUCAAAGUCACCAUAGUGUCUGACAGUCACAUGGAGAUGGGAGACGAGUGUGGCCAUUUUGUUGAGUCAGAGGGAAGGCUGUGUCACAAUGUAACUGGAGAGGCUGAACCAGAAGAAGACCCCUUCCUGACAUACUACCCUGACAUGGGAUCUAACCCUGCUGGGAUGAGUGGGGAGGAUAUUUUACCCACUUUGAACUCUGCAGAGUCCUCUAAAAACGCACAAGGCUUCUACAACUGCACCCAGUGUGAGAAGACAUUUAGUCGAGUGCAAUCCCUCAACAUCCAUCUGAGGACUCAUAGUGGCGAGAAGGCCCACUGCUGCAACUACUGCGGCAAACGCUUUGGCCGAGCAGACCUGCUCAAGUCCCACAAACGCACUCACACGGGAGAGAGACCGUUCAGCUGCGACCUCUGUGGGAAGAACUACGGUCACCCGGGUCAGCUCAGAAUACACAAGCGUGUUCAUACGGGAGAGAGACCGUACUGCUGCCCACACUGUGGGAAACGCUUCAGUGAACACAACCAGCUUAAAGUCCAUUUACGAACUCACACAGGAGAGAGGCCAUACAGUUGCACUGUGUGCGCCAAAACCUUCAGCAACGCAGGUAACCUGAGGAUACACCAAAGAAUCCACACUGGUGAGAAGCCUUACUGCUGUGUACAGUGUGGCAAGAGGUUCAAUGGUAUGGGGGACUUGAAAACACAUUACAGGAUUCAUACAGGGGAGAGGCCGUACCAUUGCGACCUGUGUGAGAAGACCUUCAGCCAGGCAGGCCACCUCACCAUACACAAGCGGAUGCACACAGGAGAGAAACCGUACACAUGCUCAGAGUGUGGUAAGAGGUUCAGUGUGGCGAGCAGCCUCAAGCUGCACCUGAGGACUCAUACAGGGGAGAAACUCUUCAGCUGCUCUUACUGUGGGAAGAGCUUCAGUAGGUCUGGCCAUCUGAAGAGACACGAACAGGUCCACACCAAGGAGAAGGUCUACCCUUGUGACCAGUGUGGGAAGACCUACACCGACCAGUCAUCCCUCAAAAAGCACCAGAAGACUCAUGGAGCUGAGGAGCUGAGGACCGAGGAGCUGAGGACUGAGGAGAAUGAGAGCAGUACCAGUAGGACUGAUGUUCCCCAUAACCUGGAAAUAAAGACUGAAGACUAAGACUGUUAUGUCAUGUUACUGUAUGUGUUACAGUGCACUCUAUAUGGCUAUUUAAUGUUGAUGUAUCAGUACAUUGUAGAAACACUGCUGAAUUUCACAAGAACUCAAGCUUAGAUUUCCCCAAGUAGUAGGACAGGAAACAGCUUUGAGUGUAUGUAGCCUAAGAGCCAUUCUUGCCAGUAAUGAAGUAUGGUAAUGAUUGUCAUUUGUGUUAGACUUUCUAUGUAUAAAGCGGUAAUGUUAUUUUCUAACAUUGUACAUAGCUUUUAAGGCAUAUUCUCGAUCAACAACAUGUUGAUUUUCUUUAAAAGAGUGUCAUGCAUUUUAGGCUGUGCAAGGUGUAAAUAAUGAUUGGUUGCAAUGGCUUUUACCUAGAGACAAACCAUUUUAUUUCAUCUAUGAACAUGUCACUAAUUUUCACAGUUAAUGGUUUAGGAAGCCAUACGUUUAAGACAUGAAUGUUAUGGUAGAAUAUUGGAUUAUUUUGGUAAGAAUGAUGCCAAACUUUCGAAAUUAUUUAUUAUUCAAAGUGUAAUUAAUUGGCCGAUGUAUUGUGGUAAAUGAUACAUAAAAAUUGACUUGUUACUGAGGAUCUAUCCUUAAUAUGGAAUAUAUUCUGCUGUUAGUCCAAAUUAAAAAUAAUUUAUCAAAACCAAAUACCUCC